ACAGUCACAGUCACACUGCACGCUUGUGUGUUACCCUCUUUGCGGCACGGUCACAGUCACACUGCAUGUUCGCGUGUUACCCUCUCUGCGGCACGGUCAUGGUCACACUGCACACUCAUGUGUUAGCGCCUCUGCGGCACGGUCAUGGUCACACUGCAUGCUCAUGUCUUAGCCUCUCUGUGGCAUGGUCAAACCGCAGGCUCAUAUGUUAGCCUCUCUGCAGCACGGUCACACUGCACGCUUGCACAAUAAUCUCUCUGCAGCCCUGUCACGCUCUGCUGUCCACUGCAAGCCCUGCCUGGUGCAGGGAGAUUGGCCGAUGAUGUCAUAUUUGGUGGACGUGGGCCCAUUGCUCGCAACACAAGCAGUGGGACACCUGUGGGGGGCGCUGUGCAAAAGAAUGGCUCAAGUUCUGCCUUCUGCGGCUCAGCAAUGUGUUUUGGCAGCCUUCCUGUUCCCGUCUUCAGCCUGUGAUGGUGCUUUUCUGUCUGCCAGCUUCGAGGGUGUCGAUACGGCUCCUUAUUCGGCCUACUUGGGUUUGCAGCAGUAUGUAGUGGGUGCUGCUUGCUCAGCUGCCCCGAAGACCUGAGUCCACAGUAAGAGGCUCCCCCUCAGGCAGGUACACUGAUGUAAUGGGGAAAGCUGCCCCCCUCCACAUUAGAACUCACCACUCCCCAAAGACUGAAGCUUUUAAAAGAAAUGCUCUUACAACACCCCCCCCCACCCCCAGCACACAAACACGCCUCAACACAGGAGCAUAGAGCGAUGCAACAUUACGCCCCCUUGCAGGUAGUCCACUAGGUGCAACGGCUGGUGGAGGGAGGGGCAACACCCUAAGAGUGUGGGGACCGAAGCCGGAAUUUGGAGGAAUGUUCCUGGAAGGCUUAUCGCUCCCGUCCUGAGGACACUGCCGGGCUCAUCUCCGUCUGCCUGAUGGCAGCACAGCAAGUGAAAUGCAACGUGACUCCAGGCUGGGCAUUCGGUGCGUCUGCAGUGCAUCGGCGCAGUUCCUGCUGCACACCCCGUCCUGCCCCCUGCUGACCUCUGCUUGCGAACAAAUGUGAAGGUGCUUCUGGCAGGAGAGACACUGCUGAUCCCUGCUCUGCCGUUAUUAGCUGGGUGGGGGGGCUUUUUUGGGGGACACGACUCUUCAGAAUGUGACGGCAAGCAGAGCUUUCAUCAAGUCUGCGUCUCAGAAGAUGGAGGGAGGGAGAGAGGGGGGGAGCCAUCUGCACGUCCGCCCCUAUGCAGAACCGCUGAUGUCAUGACUGUUGCUAUGGGUGACGAGUGGAGCAGAGAGAGGGAAUUCGGUGCAGUGGGGGACGGGGGCUUUCAAUGCAGAAAUCAAGGUAACGGGGCAAGUGUGACUAACGGGAGAUAGGAGACUGGUUGGGGGUUGUCAUUCAGUAGGUUUUAUCCUUUUUUUGGGAUGCAGUAUCACGGAGGAAGGGAGAGAGAGAAAAAGAGAGCAGGGGGAGGGACAGAGACCAUUUUAGACAGGCUGAGCCAUCAGCCAAUCAGAAUGCACUGUGGUCACAGCCCAGCAUCCAAUGGCAUGUGCCGUGGUGUGCGGGCCCUUAUUAAUGAAUGGAGCAGCGGAGAGGGAGCAGAACGAGGUGAAGGUACGGCAGCAGGCAGCCAUGAAGGGGCUCCAGCAUGAGGAAGAUGCAGAUGCAGACACACAGAGCCCUGUGGAGGCAGCUGCACCGGGGCCCACCUCCCUGCCACUGCCCCAGUCCUCUCGUCGCUCCAUCUCCAUGGGGGACUUUCGGCGGGCGAGCCCCCAGGCCACCUCGGAACCUGCCUCGGCCGCCGCCACGGCCCCAUCCUCACGCCUAGUGACACCGAGCUCCAGCAUGGAGUUUGAGGCGGCGCGGCGGCGCCUCCUGGAGGUGGAGGAGCGCCAGCGUGUCAUCCGCGAGAUGGAGGGCCGGUUGGAGGAGCUGCGCGAUGUGUUCGUGCGCUCGGAGCAGGAGGCGGUGGCGCACGGCGAGCUGGUGGGCCGCAUCACCAGCGCUGCCCAGCAGGGGGAGCUCUACGCUGCAGAGAACGGUCAGCGCCUGAAAAAGGGCCUGCGCUUCAAGGGCCGCCGGGCCUCCAUCGUGUUCUCCUCCAUGCUGGGUCUCCGCACGUGUCUGCCCUGGCGGGUCAAGCUCAAGUAGGGAAAGGCCACCCCCACAGCCUCGUUGCAAGCCACCUGCCUUCCUGAGGGGGGCGCUAUACCUUCUCGUGGAUGUUCUACCGUGCGUGUCUCUGUCUCUUCCUCUGGCUGGUCGUGUAAUCUCAGGUGACUCCUCGCUGCUGACUUACACAAUGCGGAAAACAUGCGUCUGAAUCCUCCAGCUUUUGGAUAAUUCCCGCUGGUCUCCCGGACGCCUCAGGUCACCAGGUAACCGCAGCUGCUCUUCUGUACCAUGCACUGACCAGCAUGGAGCCCAACACCCCCGCUCUCCCCCCCGCAUGGUGACUCAGUGCUGGUUUGGCUGUACGGUUACGUAAACAUGGGAGAGAAGCGGCAACGGCAAGGUCACAGCGGGGGGGGGGGUGGACUCCAUCGUCAAGACAACAUGCCCGUGUUACUCAUCUCCGUGGCGACUGCAGGCACAUCCCUCAGUGAGUGUCUUCUCUGGGGGGGUGGAGUGCUCUGCAUAUGGAAACACUGAACUGUAGACUGUAGAAGCUUCUCACUUUCUUCAGGGGGGUUUGUUUGUUUUCUUUUCCAUUGCAGGCACCCCCCUGAACACUGCAUGAUGGGUAAUGGUCAUGGGAGGCAGCCGUUCUCAUUUUGGGUAUCGGUUCAUACAGAAACGGGGGGGGGGGGGGGCACUGGUGCCCAUUUUCCUGCAGGGAUUUUGUAUCCAGCUUCUUUGACCAAUGUCCUGUAGUCCUUUAGAGGUUCAGUGAAAUAUUAACACUCUAUUAGUAUUCUGCUCGUCAGAUUAUUUUUUAAAAAAUGAUGACUGGAGUCUCUGUACAGGAGUGCAAUAAGAGCUUUUAAUGGUGUGUAGGAGGAGAUGCUGGUAACCAUCGCCCUUUAAAGAUCUGCGUGAAGACAGUCUGCGUGCAGCAUGUGUUUGCGUUAGCCCCCCCCCCCCCACACACACACCCCCCUGAUCCCCGUCCCAGAAGGCUGAAUGGCCCCUUUCCAGAAAUAGCAUGUAGGGGGGAGUUUCUGCAGGACUCGGGUGCUUAAAACUGCGGGAUGAGGGAUGCAGUGCAGUGCAGUGCGGACUCCUCCAUUAUGACGGAGACAAGUGGACAGGAGCCCAAACACCCCCAGACCACGACACACAGCUGCACGGAGCCUUAUGGCCCCUGUUUUCAGGAUCCUGCUUAAACACAACGCUGUGACGCUUCUUAGACAUUACUCAUAUUUAUCUGUACCAUCACUAAAUUUACACUUAAAACUCUGUUACAGUUUAUGCUUUAUGUAAAGAUGAAAAUGUGAGUAAUUAACUGCCUAGAAGUUACUUUUAAAUAGGAGAUGAACUGGAAUGGCUGAACACUUUUAAAUGCUUUUUUAAGCUGCAUUUUAUGCUGCCUGGACUCUUCUGUGGGUCCCGCUUCUAUCCAGCCGCUUCUAAUAUAGGACUGCACUGCACACCAGCCACCGAUAAAACCAAUUAUUUCUGACAGUUUUAAGUUUGUUCGCGCUGGUUUCACUCGGGUCGGGUGCUCUGUGUAAUAUAAAUACGAUACUGCCUUAUAUUGUCACAGCUUUAUGGAGGUUACUUUGGAUACGUCUGCUAUAUGGAGAAAUACACGUUAGAGCUUUAUUAGUGCCGUGUGGUGCUCCGUGAUCGGUAAGACGACGCGCAGAAAUAAACGCUGAGAUGUGCUGCUUGGUGUGCUGUUUAAAGCUGCUCAUUUACACGUAGUUAAUUAACCGCCGUAUCGCGUCCCUAUUUUUAUUAGGUCGUUUGAACGUUCAAACGCAAGGGCUAAAGCUUAGAUAUAUACAGUAUAGACUUCCGGACGUGUCCUUUAUAAUAAAGCGAGCAAAACCACGCAAGAAUUAAAUGCUUCUGUUUUCCGGCUGUGAGUCUUUAAACUACGUUUAUAAUGAUAGCAAGAGUUCUGGGACAGUCAUUUGCUUAAAUGGCAGCGAGAAGCCAGGGGUCCGGGUGCACGCCGUCCGGGGGCGUUACCAGCCUCGCUCCGCUUUAUCCGCGAUUUCAUACAGACACAAACACGCACACUUUUACCCAAAGACCUCUUGGCUCACAAGCAAUCUGAAUGUAUUUGAAUGUGUUUCUAACGUGAAAUAUCAAGCAUUUGAUCUGUCCGGAGCCGGUGGCAGAGCGAGGACUGGAUCUCCCCGUGGAUCAGCCUCACCCACCCCAGUCCAUGCACCCCUGUCCUGUCCAGAGAUGGCGCUCUCUGCAGUGGCUGCAUGGCUCUUCCAAAUGAAACGUGUGGUACUGAAUGUAACUCGGUGUCGCUGUUUGUCAGGCAGCCACUGCUCCAUCACUUUUUACUUAUCUAGGGUGACCAGAUAAUCCAUGUUAGGGAGGACACUGAGCUAGGACAGGAAUUGUAAAUUACCAUUUCAAUUAAACGGACCUGGAUUUCACUUGAGCACCGAGUUCUUGCUGGUCAGCAA